AGAAAAGAAGGCACCUGGAAGAAGCAAGGGCACGUAUAGGAAAUUGGUAUCUUUUAGAAAGGAAGUGAAAAAGAGGGAGAACAGUUUUUCCCUAUGCUGAGCAGAACUGAGAGCUAGUUCUCUGCUACCCACAGGAAGGGCAGCGCAGGCUGGGAUUUGUCUUGGGGCAGGAAAGGCAUAAGGCAGAUUUGCCAGGGGCUGAUUAGUGCUGGCAGUGGAUAGUGGUACUCAGCCAAGGAGAGGCGAAAGAGAACAGGGGUGAGGUCGUUUGAAAUCCAUGCGGGAGCAUCAGGACGUGGCGGUACUGAUUUCCAUAGGUGGUAUAGCCUGCAGCAGUUGUAGUGGCCCUGCGGAGCUCACUGGGGCGCCAUCUUGCUCGCCGUCGCCAUAGCAACGGACUGACGGCGCCACCGCCAUCUUGUUUAGCGUCGUCAUAGCAACAAAACAAGGGUGCCGCCAUCUUGUUUAGCGUCGCCAUAACAACGCGCUAGGCCAGAACGGAGCCGCCAUCUUGUUUAUGCGUCUCCACAGCAACCGGCGCGGCCAUGGCGGGCCCGGGGAGGCUGGAGGAGCUGGAGCUGAGCUCCGAGGAAGCGGAGCGGCUGCAGCGGGCCUUCCGCGACGAGCGGUUCCGGGCGCUGUUCGCCGAGUACGCGGCGGAGCUGGCCGACCCGGAGCAGCGGCGGCUGUACGAGGAGGAGGUGACGGCCCUGGAGCGGGAGCGCGGCGUGGAGGUGCGCUUCAUCCACCCGACUCCGGGCUACGUGCUGCGCACCAGCCAGGCCGGCUCCCGCCGCUGCUACCUCAACAUCUGCAGCAACCCGCACGUCGCCCCGCCGCAGGCCCGCGCCGAGCCGGGCGGCCAACGCUGGGCGCUGCCCCACAGCCUGGCGCCGGGCCGCGAGGAGCUGGGUCGGGCCGGCCGCCGCUGCCUCGUUUACGAUGUCGUCUUCCACCCCGCCGCGCUCCGCUUGGCCGCCCGCAGCGCCCGCUUCCGCCGGCUGCUCAGCGACGCGGCCAUGGAGGCCGUGGAGAGCCGCUUCUCCGUGCAGCUCGACCGCGCCAACGCAUCCGUGCUCCGCGGCGCCCGCUACAAGGGCGUCCCGCAGGCGCCCGUCAUCCGCUCCCCGCUGCCCGGCGGCGCCCCGCAGCCGCCCUCUGACACCGCCCUGCCGCCGCCGCCGCUCCCCCCGCCCGGCCUUCCUUCCGCCGCUCCCCCGCCGGCCCCCGGCCCGCCGCCCGGCCCCACCACCCCGCGCUGGAGCGUCCGCCACCGCUCUUACGUGGACUUACAGGACUACUGCCACGACUCGGCGCCCGGCCCGGUGCCCCGGGAGCUGGUGGUGACGGUGGAGCUGCCGCUGCUCCGCUCCGCCGCUCAGGCCGAGCUGGAGGUCCGCCCGCGGGAGCUGCGCCUCGACUCGCGGCGGCCCGCCUACCGCCUCCGCCUCCGCCUCCCGUACCGCGUGGACGAGAGCGCAGGCCGCGCCGUUUUCGACAAGGCCGAGCGGCGGCUGCUGGUCACGCUGCCCGUCGUACCGCCGCCCGGCCCGGGGGCGCCGCUCGGGGAGGCCGGCGGGGAGCGGUGGGAGGAGCCCCGGGAGGAGGCCCGGCCCGGCCCGGCGCUCCCCGACGAGCCGGCGACCGCAUCCUCCCCACCGCCCCGCUCCGAGGCCGCUUUCCCGAGCGCCGGCCCCGAGCCUGGAGCCACUUUCCCCGCUCCGAGCGCCGGCUCCGAGCCAGCUCCUCCCGACGGGGCCCCCCCUCCGUGCCCGGCCGAGGGCGGCCCCGGCCACAUGGCUCAUCCCCGGGGCGGGGGUGACUCCGGUCCCGCCGCUGCUGCGUGCCCUCCCUUCCGGUGCCGCCAGGAUGAGGCCUCCCUCACCCUGCUCCUGCCGGUGCCCGGCAUCCAGCCCCAGAGCCUCAGCGGGGAGGUGGCCGCCAACCGCUACAGCGUCCGCUUCUCCAGCGGUGCCGUUGCCUAUGCCCUCAUCCUGCAGUUCCCCGCCGCCAAUAGGCUGGCUGCCCCCGAAACCAGCGUCAGCGUGGGCGCCCACAACGCUGUCAUCCUGCUUGCCAAGGCCCCAGAGAGCACCGGGCUUUGGGAGAAGUACUGCUUCGGCCUCGACGCCUCCGCUCUGCAGGAGAGGUUAUUUGUCAGUGAAGAAAAUGUUGAUGGAUUCCUACGCACUGUUCUGUGCCCCUCCUCGUGCAUGCAGUCAGAGCUGGAAGCUCAGACGUCGAUUGAGGUGCUCGAUGUGUCUGAGGACAGAACUCAGAUCAGGCUGAAGGCGCAGGAAGCAGCCAGUUCUGAACGUGAUGAAACCAAACAAGCGGUGAGCAGCUCAGGAGGAGUCGUCACUGCGAGGAACAACGGGGACCACCUCCAAACAGAGCCAGAGCCAGAGCGUGCGGCCACUGGCACGGCUGAGCAACGGCCUGCACAAAACCAGCGAGCUGCUGCAUCUUUAGUAACAGCUGAAACAAUAGGAGAAGUGGAUGGAAGUUCACAGCAUUGUUUGCAGCAGGAACCUUCUGACACCGGUGUGGCGCUUCCUGGCAAACCUGGGGGAAAAGAGCGAGCUUUAGAUGAGGCAUUUGCAGGCCUGGGGUUGGAGGGAGGGGGGGCGGGGAGCCCAGCUGCAUCCCCACUCCUGCAGGAGGUGGGUGAGGAUGGGAGCGUGCAGAGCAUUAGGGACCACAGCACACACUGCAGCAUCGCCUUCCAGAACUCCGUGCUGUAUGAACUGGACUAGCGGCGCCACGCCAGCAUUUCCUCCUCGUGUUUGACUGUGGUUUAUGGCUGCAGGGCUGAAAGCAGAACCGGGUUCCUUCUGAAACUCUUAAUCUGUCAACGAAGAACGCUUAAGCCAUUAAUACUUUGUGAAGUUAACAUGUCUAAGUUUCCUUUAUUCAUACGUAUGGGUUGAACUAAUUUCACUGACGGGAACGAUGCAGCUGAAGCUCUGCGCUCCUGGAAGACAGUGCCUCUUUAUUGUUUAUGUAACUUUCUUAAUCUGUUGCCAAAUUACAUGGAGUAGUUGUA